ACCAAAUAAUUUAUUUAAACGCCUGGAGUCAUCUUGGGGGUUUUGGAUAAGCAAGCUAUUUCUCCUAAAAUAACCUUGAAGAAUCAACAGGUAGGGAACACAUCAGUGCCUCAGGGCUCCGGGCAGGCCGCGGCCGGGAUGGGCGGGGCGGCCUUAGCCUCGCCCCGCCUCGCCCCUCCGCCGGAUCCGCCCAGGGUUCUGUGAAUACCCGGCUGGCUGGGAGACUCCUCGACUCUGCCUCCUGGUCUCCACUCUGGUGCGACUUCCACUCCUGAGACCGAAAACCACACCUACAGGAGUCAAAUUGGAGCUGCAGCUGCCAGCCUAUGGCACAGCAACGGCAACGUGGGAUCCAGGCCGAGUCUGUGACCUACAUCACAGCUCAUGGCAACGCUGGAUCCUUAACCCACUGAGUGAGGCCAAGGAUCAAAUCCACAUCCCCAUGGAUACUAGUCUGGUUCUUAACCCACUGAGCCACAAUGAGAACUCCAAGGAAUGCUACUGUUUUUAGAGGGUCCAUUAGGGUAAUUAAGUAGUUUCUAUGAAAGGAGUUGUUUUUGUUUGGCUGAACCUAUGGCAUGUGGAAGUUCCAGGGCCAGGGAUCAAACCAUGUGAUAGCAGUGAUCAGAGCUACAGCGGUGACCAUGCUGGGUCCUUAACCCACUGAGCCACCAGAGAACAAAAUGAGUUGUUUUUUGACAUUGCCAAUGGGCUCUUGUAAUAGUAAUCCUUAUUAUUUCAGACCACCUGAUCACACAUUUUGAACAGCACAGAGAUGAGGGAGUUUGUUACUGUAGUCGCAGAAUUUCAGCUAAAUCUCCAAGUGGAAGGCAAGGGGCACCAGCUACUCCCCAUUCUAAGGAUGUUGCCUGCAGCUCUAGGGGAAGAGGUAGCUUUCUAUCUCCAGAAUCUGCAACCUCUACUUUAUUUAGUUUUUAAAUUUAUAUUCUUUUUGGCCACACCUGAGGCAAAUGGAAGUUCCCAGGCCAGGAAUGUGAGCUGUAGCCGCAACCUAUGCCACAGCUGCAGCAAUGCUGGAUCCUUAACGCACUAUGCUGGGCUGGGGAUUCAACUGGCAACUCCACAGAGACAAGCUGGAUCAUUAACCCACUGCACCAUGGCAGGAACUCCUCCACUUUGCAUUGAACAGCUGGCUAAGUGGACUCUCAGCUGGGGAAUGAAAUACCUGUUUCCUCUUCUCUUGCAGGUCCUUUCUUUCCCUGGGUUCAGGGAGGAAAACAGCUCACCCUCUACACUGCAUCACUUCUCAAGGCCAGCCCCCAACCAUUCCACCCUGUUCCCCAGUCCUCUUCAUUUACAGAUUGGAGGUUGGAGCAAGGACAGUUGUGUGAGAGUUAGGCUAACUCUGGUAUUUCUUAGCAAGUCUGGAGGAAAGACAGGUCGUGCCUAUUUGCUGGAUGCUCUUUGUAGAACAGUGGGUUUGUCAGCCUUGUUUCUACUGGAAAUCGUCCAAGGAGGCAAUGCCCAGGUUGUACCUUAAAUCAAUUAGAUCAAAUCUCUCUGUGUGGGACACCAGCAUCAAUGGCUUUGAAAGCUUCCCAAGUGUUUCCAGUAAGCAGCCAAGAUAGAGAACUAUUGCUGGAGAAUAUGUGGGGAUGGGGGUGAGGAGAGGAGGGGAAUUUGAAGUCUUUUAUUCCACAGGUUUGGGUCUUAGCCAGAAUUCCUUGAAAUAUAUAGAUACCUCACUCCAUAUCUUGUAAAAUACACAAAAAUAAAAUUAAGGCUGAUGUUUAAUUUGUUUUGUUUUGUAGCAGAAUGUUAUGUUUACCUUUCAGUGAAGGUUCAAGAUUAUACUUGGGACUUUUUCUGAAUGCUCGAGAUGGCUGCCCAGUGUGUCACGAAGGUGGAGCUGAAUAUUUCUUGUGACAAUCUUUUGGAUAAAGAUGUAGGGUCAAAGUCAGACCCUUUAUGUGUGCUAUUUUUGAAUACAAGUGGUCAGCAGUGGUAUGAGGUUGAGCGCACUGAAAGGAUUAAGAAUUGCCUGAAUCCCAAAUUUUCCAAGACAUUUAUUAUUGAUUACUACUUUGAAGUGGUUCAGAAAUUGAAAUUUGGAAUUUAUGACAUCGACAACAAAACUAUUGAGCUGAGCGAUGAUGACUUCUUGGGAGAAUUUGAAUGUACCCUUGGACAAAUUGUUUCCAGUAAGAAGCUGACUCGACCACUAGUGCUUAAAAACGGCAGACCUGCAGGAAAAGGAAGCAUUACGAUUUCAGCUGAAGAAAUAAAGGAUAACAGAGUCGUCUUGUUUGAGAUGGAAGCAAGAAAACUGGAUAAUAAGGACUUAUUUGGAAAGUCAGAUCCAUACCUGGAAUUCCACAAGCAAACAUCUGAUGGAAAUUGGUUAAUGGUUCAUCGAACAGAGGUUAUUAAAAACAACUUGAAUCCUGUUUGGAGGCCUUUUAAAAUCUCUCUUAACUCCCUAUGCUAUGGAGAUAUGGAUAAAACUAUUAAGGUAGAGUGUUAUGAUUAUGACAAUGAUGGGUCACAUGAUCUCAUUGGAACAUUUCAAACCACCAUGACAAAACUGAAAGAAGCCUCCAGAAACUCACCUAUUGAAUUUGAAUGCAUAAAUGAAAAAAAGAAGCAAAAGAAGAAAAGCUAUAAGAAUUCUGGAAUUAUCAGCGUGAAACAGUGUGAGAUUACAGUGGAAUGUACAUUCCUUGACUAUGUCAUGGGAGGAUGUCAACUGAAUUUUACUGUGGGAGUGGACUUCACCGGCUCCAAUGGUGACCCAAGGUCUCCCAACUCCCUUCAUUACAUCAGCCCCAAUGGUGUUAAUGAGUAUUUGACUGCUAUCUGGUCUGUGGGACUGGUCAUUCAAGAUUAUGAUGCUGAUAAGAUGUUUCCAGCUUUUGGUUUUGGAGCUCAGAUUCCUCCUCAGUGGCAGGUUUCACAUGAAUUUCCAAUCAACUUUAAUCCAUCCAAUCCCUACUGUAAUGGAAUCCAAGGCAUUAUAGAGGCAUAUCGGGCCUGCCUUCCUCAGAUAAAACUCUAUGGACCAACUAAUUUUUCUCCAAUCAUAAAUCAUGUGGCUAAGUUUGCUGCUGCAGCCACACAACAACAUACGGCUUCUCAAUAUUUUGUGCUCUUAAUCAUUACUGAUGGCGUGAUCACAGACCUUGAUGAGACCAGACAAGCUAUUGUUAAUGCUGCCAAGCUGCCUAUGUCCAUCAUCAUUGUUGGGGUUGGAGGUGCUGACUUUAGUGCCAUGGAAUUUCUGGAUGCCGAUGGUGGAAGUCUCCGCUCCCCGUCAGGCGAGGUGGCCAUCAGGGACAUCGUCCAGUUUGUGCCUUUCAGACAGUUCCAGAACGCUCCAAAAGAAGCGCUUGCUCAGUGUGUGUUGGCGGAGAUCCCCCAGCAGGUGGUGGGCUACUUCAACGCAUACAAACUCCUUCCUCCCAAGAAUCCUGCUGCCAAAUGAAAAGAGCCCUGGUUGCCUGAGCAGAAUUCAGUGUUGUGUGGAGCAACGGAUUUCUCUCUGACCCCAGAAAAUGAAUCUAUCGUUUUACACCCUUUUCACGAACCCCAGCAGUUAUGAUGCAAACCUCGUUCUCUAUGGAUUAUGUCUGUUUAAAGCAUUCUUUUCAUGCUUUUUUUAGGAGGAAAGUGCUAAAUUAAUCUUUGCCCAAUCAAUUCCGUGAUUGCUAGUGAUUUACAGUAAUUGCAGCGAGGCUGUUUUGAUUAGAAACUGGUGUGAGAAAAGCGAAUUUUGUAGUGGUGGUUGUUGGACGUUCAUAUGAUAAAAACCAGUAUUUUUAUACUGGUUUUGAGUGUUUGUCAAUAGAUAGAAUGGAAAAUUGUUAGAGUGCUGUGAUUUACAGGUUGCUGUACUUUGCUGUAGGCAAUAUAUGUUUUAUAUAGGCCAGUGUCCAUACUUAAUGACAGAGCCUCUUAAAUCAAGACGAUAUUGAAUUUGUUCCUAGAACUAUAUUUAGUACUUUUCCAUGGGAUAAGACUUCACUUGCACCUGAAUUUUGCUGCAGUUUAGGCAUACACAAUUCAAAACAGCAUGCAUUCUCAUAGGACUUCAUGAAAAGUACUGAAGAGAAUGGAAGGCAUAGAUUUAAUUCUUAAAACUGUACAAUCGACAAGGAAAAGGAACCUCAUGUAAGUAAGCCAUUUUUAUUUGCCUUCCUAGAUCUUUAUUUUCAUUGUUGAACAUUGUAAAUGUGGUCAGAUUUUGACCUUUUCAUUGACUGUAUGUGACACUCAGGACUCUGUGUCAAUGAUAGGUUGUCCUAGAUUCAACAUUAUUCAUUUAGAGUUGUAAUGGUUAGGACUGCUUUGUCCAGGAAAACUACAAGGACCAAGCAUAUAAGGGGAAAUUCAGAAUUCCACUUCCUUUCUCUUAAAGAAAUACCUUGUUAAUUAAAAAAGAUAAUUUUUAUACUUUCCUUGCUAAGGUCCCAUAUAUUGAUUUUGUACAUUGUAUAGAUUCAUUUAUUUUUUAUUUUUUUAUUUUUUGGUCUUUUUUUUUUGUCUUUUUCAGAUCCACACCUGCAGCAUAUGGAGGUUUCCAGGUUAGGGGUCCAAUCGGCGCUGUGGCUGCCAGCCUACACCACAGCCACAGCAACACAGGAUCUGAGCCUGCAACCUACACCACAACGCCGGAUCCUUGACCCACUGAGCAAGGCCAGGGAUCAAACCCGUAACCUCAUGGAUGCUAGUCAGGUUCUUUAACCACCCAGCCACAACGGGAACUCCCUGUAUAGAUUCAUUUGGAUAGUCUCUCCUUUUUUUAGUAAUAUUUUUAGUUUGAUUUUUUAAACUCAUGAUCAUGGUUAUUAAUCAAAAUCACAUUUUACAUUUUAGUAAUGAUUAUUUCCUAAGCCCAGAAUAUAUUAUAUUGAGCAUAAAACCCAUUAUACCUUAAAAAAAAAAAAAAUCCCACUGCUGAAUAGGAUAGAGUGGACUUUACAUGCUUUUUUUUCCGAGCAGAAUUUUUUUUUUCUGAUUUUUACCCUUUAGAACAUAAUACUUAGCAAACAUUACCUUUUCAGAAUAGAUUCAGUAACACUUUAUUGAGGACCUGUGUGCCAAGUAUAUGCAUAUCUGUAUAUUGGCCAAUCAUCUUGAACAAUUUAACAUUGAGAAUUACAUGUUUGUCCCAUACCCUUAAGUGAAUGCACCUUGUACCAGGCUGACGAGCCAUUCAGUCUUAUUGAAAGCUUGCACCACAGCUGGUGUCUCUCAUUCCCUGAAAGGUCAGCCAUGAACAGCAUUUGGCUUCCCAGAAAUAGCUGGUGGAGUUCCCGUCAUGGCUCGGUGUUUAACGAAUCCAGCUAGGAACCAUGAGAUUGUGGAUUUGAUCCCUGGCCACACUCAGUGGGUUAAGGAUCCUGAGUUGCCUUGAGCUAUGGUGUAGGUCACAGACGCGGCUGGGAUCCUGCAUUGCUGUAACUCUGGUGUAGGCUGGUAGCUACAGCUGCAAUGAGACCCCUAGCCUGGGAAACUCCAUGUGCCACAGGUGUGGCCCUAGAAAAACGAAAAAAAAAAGAAAAAAAGAAAGAAAGAAAUAGCUUGUUACUAAGGGCAGGAUCAGAGGGUAUCUGCUUGCCAUUGUGGCUGCCUAGCCUGGUGAGCAGUUACCAUUUUCUCACUUAGCUUUCUGGCCUCUGGAUAUGUAUGGUUAACCUGCAGGUACUUAACUAGUAGUCUGUUAUGCUUUAUAUGGUGUGUCUGUCUCAUUAGCUGACAAGUCAUUUGACAUCAGUUAGGGAAGGAAAAAGCUGAUGAUUCUUCCAGUAGUUGGGAGACUUUGUUGUCUAAGAUGUUCUAAUUUCAAUUCUCUUUGUGUGCUUGGAAACAGGUAUAUAUGCUGCUCUGGUUUUCAGAAUUUUCUUUUAUAAACAUAAGACUCCUUUAAAGAAGUGAUUUACAUAUAUUCUCAGUGUAUGGUAAAACAGUAGUAGAGGUUUUUUUGUUUGAAGCUGGGACACUUACCAGAGCCCUACCCACUGGGCCUCCUCCCUCUCCUUACCCAGAUCCUGGCAGCACCUGAGUCACCUGCGCAGCACACCUGGGAACCACUGGACUUGAGCAUUCAUUGUUUUCACUGGCCAAAUAACAGUACUUACUUAUGUCACCACUGUCAAAUUGAUUUGGUCUUCAUAAUUUUUUAUUCUGAUUUUAACCAGAAUUAUUCCUUUUUGAAAAUUAAUUUUGUAUUAUGCAUUCUUGAUCUGGUUCAUCAGUAGAUGCUGUUAUUCAUAAGAACUGUGAUUCCAGCAAAUUAGGAUAGUUGAUACCUUUUUGCAGUUUUGAAAAAAAGCAUUUAUAAUUUCAAAAUUAUCAUUUUAUAAAAUUCUUACAAUUUCAACAUUUCACCUCAUCACAUGCUGAUUUAAUAUUAUUUUAUAUUAAUAUAGUUAUUUUCCUAUUGUACUACCAUUCAUUCAAGUGCCAUUCGUUCUUAAAAUGCAUUUAAAGAAAAAAAACAAACCAAGUUGACUUUCACACUUCAUAUGAACAGGUAUAUUACAAAUAUAUAUUGGGGUGACAGUACCCUGGACAGAUGUAAUCUUUCUCACAGCUCCAUAUACUGAGAAAACAGUUUACCAAUUAGCAUGGUCAUGUCAUCUUGUGCUUAGAAUUAAAAGUUUUAAGAUCAUAAAAAUUUAAAGUCAGAUCAGGGAUUUACAACUGUCUACGUUGGUAGUGCCUUUGACAGCCUUUCCAGAGUAAGUUCAGGGUCCCAUUCCUGUUUCUGCUUAAUUUGACAUACUUUGCCUUUUUCAUUUUGUAAAUUUUCUGGAAAGCCAUCUUUAAUAAACAUCUCCUACUCUCUUCAUGUGUGUGGUUGAUAGUCAGUGAAGUGGUGCAUAUGGUAAACCAACAUUUUUGUUGAGAUUGAGAGAGUUGCUUUUGUGCUUUUGUGGAUGUCAUACUUGAUAAUAAGUUACUAAUAUUUGAGUUAAUGUUAAAUGUAUCUUCCAUUUGAAUUCCCUUUGGAUAAAGUUAUUACUUGAUGUGAUGUAAUAGUGCCUUGUUUUCAUUUUUAUUCUUUCUCUAAAUGUUAGCAGUUGAAGUUAGAAAUAAAGUAUAGUAUUUUAAGCAGA